CUUAGAGUUCCAGUUUAUAUUUUUUUUUUUUAUUUAUUUAUUCUUAACCCUCCUUACUUUUUUAACCAAGUCAAUUUUAUAUGAAUCAAUGGAUUCAGAAUCAUCUACUUUUAUAGAAACACCACCUAUAACAACGAUACAACAUAGUGAUUGGCUACCACUUGUAGCUGCUACUUUAUUAUCAUUCAUCAUUGUUUUACUUACAUUAUCAAGAUAUGGCAGCAUUAGAAGUCAACCUUGGUAUGUAACAGCUACUUGUAUGAUUGGUUGGUUUUUUCCAUUUUGGAUCAUAUUCUUAUUACCAUUAGAUUUGGCAUCAACUGUUCAUGACGAUAAGAAAGGAAGAGUACCUUUUGCAUAUGUUUCGCAAUCAUUUUUGUUUGUUGCUUGGAGAGUACUUUACUGGACUUCUUUUUGUUUAACUUGGUUUAUAAUUCCAAUGAUGCAAGCUUAUAUCAAUCAAGGUGAUUUCAGCAUUUCAAAACGACUUAAGUCAGCAAUUCACGUUAAUAUUCGAUUUUAUUCGAUAUACGUUGUUGUUGGUGCAAUUGGAUUAAUUUAUUUAAUAUUCGGGAAUGGGUUGACCACUAGAGAAGGAAUUCAAAGUUAUGUAAUGGCAGCAGCCAAUAGUUGGGGUUUAUUUUUAGUCAUUAUAUUAAUGGGUUAUGGGCUUGUAUCAGUACCUAGAACUUUAUGGUAUUCUGCAAAUUACAAUCGACAUUUAAAUAAAAUUUAUGCAAAGGCUGCACGUUUGAAAGAAGAGUGUAUGGAUAGUGAAUUAGAAUUCAAUGAAUUAGCGAAAACAAUGAAUGAAAUAUCGAAACGAGCAACUAUGGAGUUGCCCGAGAUACAGCAGUGUAUUCAUAUUAUGAAUAGUCGAUUCCCCUUUGUAUUUCACGAAUCAUUUUCAAGUCGUAAUAACUCUGUUCAUAUCCCUCGGGAUUUAACAGAAGAUUAUCUUGUAAAAUUAUCAAGACGUAUGAUCUUAGCAAUUCGUAUGAGAAAUAGAAAAAAUGCACUCUGGAAAAACUUAUUAAAUGAAGCAUUUUACCUUGAAGAUAUUAUUAAUAAUAAAGACAAAAGAAAUCGUAAAUUUACUUCCACCUUGAGAGCUAAAAAAGAAGAUACACAAUGGAAUCGUAUGGUUUCCUCUAUAGAAUGGUGGUGGAAAUUACGUAUAUUACCUAAUAUCAAUAAGUUAUUGGCGAUUCUAUUUUCAAUUAUCAGUAUUUGUAUUAUUUGGUCUGAAUUAGUGUUUAAUGUGAGAAGACCUGCUAUUAUAUCCAUUAUAUAUUAUGCAGUAAAUGCCUGUGGUGAAAAUUAUGCAGCCUUAGAGGCUAUGGCGUUUUUCAUAUUAUUAUACAUGUGUUUCUCUGUUUAUUCCUCUUUAUUCAAAAUACGUUUCUUUAAUUUAUAUUUGCUUAUUCCUAAUCAUCAUACAGAUGAAAAUAGUUUAUUGUGGUUUACAAGUUAUAUGUGUAAAAUGAUGGCUCCUUUAUGUUAUAAUUUUAUUAAUUUGGCAGUGGAUGCACCAGGAAUCAAUAAGGCAGUGUUUACAACUUUUAUGGGUAAAGCUGAUUUGAUCAAAUUUUUGGGAGCUUUCGCUGACUGGUUUCCUAUUAUCAUCUUAAUUCCUUCCCUUUCUUUACUAUUUAAUAUACAAAACCGUUUCCUUGGACUUUGUGGGAUUAAAAGUCCUUAUCAAAAUAAUGAUCAAAGUUACAUCUAUAAUGAUGAUGACAAUAAUGAUACAGAAGCAAAUAAUAGUAAUAGAAUACUUGACGAAGAUUUUCAAGAAGGGAUGAAAUUAAUAAAAGAAGAACGUGAAUUAAGAGAAAGAGAGAUAAAUCCUGAACUUGGAAAUAAUUCGAAUAGAGAAUAUAUUAACAAAAAAUAUAGCAAAAAAAGUGCUUUUACUUCAGAUACAUUACGGAAUAAACGAGAUAGGCGUAUAGACGAAAUAUUAUCAGGAAGGAUCAAUAAGAAUCAAUACUCUGAUAAUUCUAUCUUAUCUCCUUCUUCUUCGACAUCAACUGAAAAUGUUACUAAUAAUCAAUCAGAAACAGAAUCAUUGAAACUAAAAUCAAAUUUAAUAUCUUUUGGGGACAGCGUAAAGCAUAAAAUAGGAGGAUUAUUUGAUUCUUUCAAGGGUAAUAAUGAAAAUACUGCAACUACUUUUACUCCUGUCGUUGUAGCACCAUCACAAAUUGAAGAAGAAGAAGAAGAAGAACAAACAAAAUCUCGUCUAGAGUAUACUUUAAAUCAUGUACCUACCACCGUUCGUGGACGUGUUUUUGGUCGACCUGUUAUAAACGAAAAUUAUCGCCCAUUUAAAAAUACUAGACAUCACCUAAUAAAUAAUGAAGAGCAAGAAGAAGAUAAUAAUACUACUGUCACUAAUAGAUUAGAUUCACCGAAUCCAUUUUUAAUGGCUUCAUCAAAUAUGAACCACCAAACAAAUAACAAUGGUUAUAAUAAUAAUAAUAAUAAUAAUAAUAGCGUGUCUCCAUUUGCAAGGUUUGAUGGCGUAUAAUAAUUACAAAUACAC